AUGCCAGCGCAGGAAGUUUCUGCAGCUAACAUCGAUGUGGUCAGCCUGCAACUUUCUCUCCCUCAAAUGCUCGAUCUCGCCCUCGGAACACCAGAGAUCGGCGUGGUCAAUUUCAACAUUCUCCACAAUUUCCUUCACGUUUUACUGCAUCAGAUCAAUUUGCGGGCCGCCAAAGUGGAGUAUCGCGGCGAACACGCAGAUCGUAUCAAAACGAUGGUAACGUCCUCGAAGCUUGAACCCACCCUUCAACUUCACGAGUACAGUAUUACCGACGGUACCGGCAAAGUGUCGCAACGGAUGAGAGAAGAUGAUGGUUUGGAGGUUGAGGUAUUCACAGAAGAUACUCCUCUAGCUACUGUAGACACAGUAAAAGUAACGAAAGGAAUGAGGCAGCAAAUGGGUCCCGAAAAAGUGGGUGAAGCUGAGACUGUCAUUUUCGUGGAACCCGCCAUAAAUGGGGUCUUGCCUACGGCAAUAGCAUUUAAAGAACUUGAACAGUCUGUGAAGCAACUGCAACAGCAGUAUCAAGCUCUGGAGGAGCUAUCUGGGACGCCGGAAGUCAUCGAACGUUUGAAAGGCCGCCUCACGGAUCCCGUCGCAGAUGUCUGGCAGUUCAUUAAUAUCAAUAAGCGAUUGGACGCGAGCGAACAAGGUAUCGAUAAGCUCACGACGAUGGUGCAAGAUGUGAUGAAAGGUGACAGCGGCGUAAUUACAAUGCUGGACACUUCAUUGAUCGAUACGAGGUUGAAUGAACUCAAAGACAAGGUCUCCAAGAUAGAACAAAGGUGUACCUGCAACCAAGUAGAAGGUAGAAGGCAAGAGAUUACCAAGGUCUUGACCGAAGAUGCACAGCCAACUGUUGGUACGGAUGUAGCAGCAAACGCAGCAGAAGCAAUGGAACCAACAGUAGUAGCAGUGGCAGAAAGAGCAGUGGCAGAAGCAGAAGCAGCAGCAGCAGUAGUAGAAGAAGUAGAAGCAGCAGCAGCAGCAGAAAUGGCAGCAACCGAUGCAGGAAUCGUACCAGUUCACGAGAAAGAAGAAAGAGCAGGAGAAAUUCCCAGAGUGGUAGCUGAGAAACCUGCUGAUCACCCAGUAUUUGUUGAUAACACUGAAAUAAUACAAAUACGCCAAGACGUUGACACAUUGAAAACAGAUGUAGCUCGGAUGCAACAGGAGUUAAACGAUCUCAAGGAAAAAGUUCUACAGAUUGAAUCACCCGUGAAAACACCUCCGAGGAUGAAGGCACCUGUGGAGACGGUUGUCGGUGCACCUGUGGAGACGGUUGUCGGUGCACCUGUGGAGAUGAUUGUCGGUGCACCACUAAUGCCAGAAAGACCCUCUGCUGCGGAAACAAUUACAGAUCUCGAAAGAAUGAUCGAAGUGAGCGACGUCACAAACUUGGAGCAGUACAUGGACGUCGUAAAAAAUGUAGCAACGACUCACGGCAAAGUCUUGAACGAAAUUACCGAAGACAUGGUCGCGUUGGAAAACGAAAUCCGUCUGUUGUCGGAGAAAAUGGACGACGUGCAAGCGACGGACAAGGCACACGACAGCGACAUUGACAGGCUACACACAAAGAUGCAGGAAAUCCAAAUGAAUAUGAAGAAACUCGAAGAAUCCACGGACAAUCUGCUCGAUGAUAAGGAGAAACGAGAAACGCAUAUUAACGAACUGCUGGAACAAAUAGAGGUUCUGAAAACAGUUAAGGCAGACAAAGAGGAUCUCGAGGACGCUUUGGCCGAGAAAGCGGAUGCACAAACUGUGAAUAGAAAGGUAUCACAUGAUCAAUUUGACGCUGCUUGCGAGGAUCUCGCGCGCGGACUCGAGGAGGCGAUUGACAAAUUGACCAAGCAAGAAUCAAUCUGGCAACAAGCGCUCGACGAGGUGCAGAACGAAAUCGCUGGCAAGGCGGACAGAGGGGAGAUGAUGCCACUCAAGGAUUUCGUGAACAAUAAGUUGAAAUCUCUUCAGGAGAAACUGAAGAGCAUGAUCGAGGCAAAGCGCGAGAUCGAGGCAGCCGGCACGAAGAAAUUGCUUAGAGACGUUCAAUGCAUAUCGUGCGACAAGGACGUCGUGAUGAAGACGGAGGAAGUCGCUAAGUUCCGCACCGAUCCAUUGCCCUGCACUACCAGCAUGAAGCCCUAUCUCACGUACGAAUUGGACCAAGUUCGCAAGCAGCAGAGAAGAUUGCCGCACAGCAGAAAUAUGAUCCAAUUUGAGGCGGCGAUGCAAGAUGAAACUAGGAAAAUAAAGACAGCGAGGGAGGAGACGCUCGCGAAGACUCCCAGAAAUCACCUCUGCAAUCGAUACUGUGGCGGAAGUCACACGAUCACGACGCCUCAGCAAAGGGUCAUACGGGUGGGACACUUCCUGUCGCAAUGGGGACCCGAGGUGGUGCAACUAACGGAUGGUCUAAUAAGGGGUAAAGACAGGCAAACGUAUCGCAGUCGGCUGAUGUCGGGUAAGCUGGAUGUCUGCGGACCGGCUUGCUGGGAGAGUCAAAGUAGCGAGGAGGCUCGACUUACGGUGACUAUGAAUGCGAUUGUCAUAAACAAUUCAAGUGCUCAUUUCGUUUCGCCAACUAUAGUAUUCCUCUCUCUCAAAUCUCUUAGGAACGUGCGCCGUCUGCUUCCACGCCGGUUCGUAAAGCUCCUCUUCCAUCCAGGCGAAACAACGGAUCUCGUGAGUGAACAACACUAUUUUAUAUUUAGUAAUUUAUAUUCACGCGGAAUUUACUCUCCGUCCUUAACAGGAAAUCGUGGUAUACAAGUAUUACAUAUUUUUUGUAUCUCGAAUUGCACAGACAAGCGGACUUCGAGGAGGCAUUCGGACAAUUCGAGAGAACCCAGAAUAUUGGAACUUAUUCCGGCGGAGAAACCAGUACGUUAUUUUAUUAAACCAGUAUUAUUUUGCGUUAUUUUUUUUCCUAAAUAUCGAAAAUGUAAAACUCAUCGAAUGUAAUUAAUCUGAUACAGAUCGUGGAAAUGCGUCCAAAACCACCCACACUGGAGGACAUUGAUUCAUUAAUUACUCCACUCGUACCCGUUGAGGAUGAAACUGUGAUAUUCGAGACGAACGAAGCGGUAGAAGAAUAACUCAAAUAAUACAACUACGCACGAAACACACGGAAAAUUUCUAAUAAACAAAUAUAACACGGUGAUCAUUAAUAUUUCUGGAUCCUUUUUUCGCAACGAUACGUACUGUACAAUCUUGCAGAAUCUUUCGUAUAAAAUUGUACAUAGAAAAUCUCACAUAAAAGGACUAUGAUGCUUCAAGCAGGAAGAUUACGGACGCGACAUGCAGUUAUUAAAUGUUUUAUUAUUAAGAGAGAUUUCCAGAGUACACAAGACUAUCUAGUGAAGUCGAUUUGGAACAUCGGUGGUCUGCCUGCCGAAACAAAAAUAUCGGAUCGUACUUCACGUCAGGCGACCGCAUCGGAAUAUUGCACAUCGCCGGCCGGGAUCCGUAAAGGAUGCGCACGGCGCUCAGGGAUAUUCGUCGGAUUCACUCCGCUUGUCAGCUCGAUCUUACACCAUAAUAUGUACCCUACAAACGACUACCCGCUAUGGUAUUCCUCUUUCAUAGUAAUAUAUAUAUAUAUAUAUAUUUAUGUAUACGUGUGUGUGUGUCUCUAGGUGCUACUUCAUACAAAUCUCAAGGUACAGGAAGUAUCUACAAGUUAGUGUCUACCAUGUAUAAUUAACGUACUACCUCACGGUAAGUAGCAGCGUCCCAUAAUCUACGGAGUCUAGAAUUAGUCGUAGCAGUUACAGCUCUCUACGAUAUCACGCCGAUAUCAGACCAACGCCAACGCACGAGGCGUACCUCAUCGUCAUCACACGCAACGACACAA